CACCAACAUCCACGAUAAUUAAAUGCUGUCCAUCGACUUGUUCUCCAUGUGUGCGUGUGUGAAGGCGUCCGCUGAUCUCAGUCUCUCACACAGACACGAGCCCACACACACACGGCACGGGGCUGCAGACAAACACAAACAUACACAUGUAAGCGUACACGGGUCCCGCCCAUCUCCGCCGGACCUCCCCGCACACGCUGCCGUUUACUGCUGCGGUCCGUUUGCAGCUCGUACUGCUGGCGGCUGGGACUUUCUGUUUGUUGUCUGGGUGAGAAGGAGCGAGGAGAGAAGAGAGCAACAGAUGGAGAGGAGAAGUGAGGAGGAGGAGGAGGAAGAGGAG